UGCACUGGAAGCCUUUACCUGCUCUACACUAGAGUCUAAUCAACAGGUGAGCAUGUCUGGAAGCAUGCUGGAGACUGUCCUCAAACACUGGGACUCCCGUGGGAGCUUGGAAUGCAACGUUCAUCUCAACUUCUCCAGGCCUGUGUACACAGUGCAAACACGGGAGGCAGGCUUCUUUGGUCUGCUUAAUGCUGUCCCUGUGGAGGUCAGGAGGUUUAUUCUGGCCCAUAGCCAGCAAACCAACAGCCAUUUUGGGCCCCUAGAUACAGACCAAGGAAACAUCAAAGACAAAGAGGAAGAUUGGGACUCUCAUUGGUCCAGUAAAUCAUCAGUGUUCGGUACAUCCGAUAUGAGGCCUGGAGGAGUCUUGAACCCAACAGCAUGUCUAUGUCUGGAAGACAUUCUUCUUUUUACCGUGACCCAACAGCACUAUCCUCAGUAUGAUGUAGACAGCUUGUACAACACUAAUGCUGCGUUUGACUUGGGUCCCUUCAGAUUAUUGGCACAGGACCAAGAACUGGCACGAUCUGCCCACUGCCUUUUUUCCAUAAGUCUCCAUGAGCCUGGGGUGUACGCCUUCAAACUCAGCAGCCACCAACAUAGGCACAUGUAUGUGAGGGUAGUGCCUGCAGGCGGAGAGUGUUAUGACACUGGACCCUUCUUCCCUUCAGACCCACAUCAUUUGACUCGCAUGGGCAUCGCACAGAGGCGCCAACUGCUGCUCCGCCCCGAUUGGCUGAUGAUCGGUGGGCUUUUAGUUGGAGCUGUGGUAAUCCUGUGCAUCACAAUAUUGAUCCUGUUCAGGGAGUACGGUUGGCCUGAGAAACUGCCAGCUCAGGCCAGGUACCGUGAUCUGCAGCUCAGGUACAACAUGGACGACUAUUCAUCGAAGGGCUCCAGAGUGGUGUCUGUGAAAAAAACACAUCGAAACCUGCAGGUGGGGUUGACUGAGGAUUCAGUACAGAGAGAGCUAGAAUUCCCACAGACUGUGCGCACAUUGCCCGCAGCGGUGGCUCUGGUGUCAAAUGAAUUCUGGGACUACGAAGAGCAAGUUGAUCUCGAAGCCUUCAGUUCCAGCACCUUCUACGACAUCCUACUCAAGCACAGCGUUUCUGUCACAAUACGUCUCGGCCAGCUCAGAGGAGAGGUGAAACAGCUCUAUCAGGUGGUGCUGGGGAAGCUGAGAGAGCUCCACCCUGGCUGGAGGAUGUUUGGAGGGAAAACCGAAGGUCUGGAGAGGCAGGUGCAGCAGGAGAUGGUGUGACGGAGAGCACUGGGCAAUCAGCUGACAAAGCUACUGGACAGCCAGCUGCAGAUCCUGCGGGUGGAGAUGAGAGCGCAGCGGGCCAUGCAGAAGACCUUCAGUGCGUGACUGAGAGAGAGCGUGAGGCUUCUGAGACUGUUGGCUGAGGGUCAGACCUCGCUCUGGGUUAAACACAUCAAGCAACAUGUUCUGGAGCGAGUGGCUGUGCUGUCUGAUGAGAUGACUGAGAUGGUAUCAGUGGAGAGCCAAAGGCUGGGGGCCUGGGUUGUGCUUAAAGAGCGCACUGGAGCACAUCUAUUGUGCCCUGCUACUGGAUCGGUCCUCAGUAGGGAAGACGUCAUCGCUCCUGAUGGAGCUGUUAGAGCUUGUGAUGCUGUUCAUGUUAGACCCCCCCACACAGGCCUAAUUCAACCCAACUCUAACGCCCAUAUGUUACUGGCCAGUGGACACAGCAUGCCAGUGCCCCCGGACUUCUUCCUGCACCCCCAGACUGGCAAGCUACUGCCUGUGGCUGGAAACGUGGGCUUUGAUCCUGCUUCCUCCACCCUUGUCUUUACAGCCCAUGCUUGUGUAGGUGAGGUGGGAAAAUGGGAAUCACCCCUGCUGCCUUUCAUUCCGUACCCUCCAUCCCGCUAUGCUGAAAUCCAUGCUGCUUCCAAACUAUGGGGGCUUCGUUCAGGCCAAAGGUUGGUGUUCGGAGGACCCAUGUGUGACUGUGACACUGGUGUUUUGGUGCCUAAUCUGGCAGUCACCAUCCAUCCACAAACAGGAUUGGUUUAUCCUUUGGGAGGUGUGCACACUUUUCCCAUCUCGCGCCUGCGGCAGCCUAUUCAGAUUGCCUCUCCCAUGCUAGACCCACGUACAGGCGACCUGGUGCUCAUCACCGGCGUCAGUCUUGAUCCCCAUACAGGGGCUGUACUUCCAGUUGGGGGGCUCCUCCUGGGUGAGUCCUUCAUCGAGCCCUUGAGCGGCCGGAUGGCACGGGUUGGUGGAUGCAGUGUGCGAGGAGGAAAGAUGGUCCCUCAUGCUGGGGGUUUCCAGGCUCUGCUGGACAGCCAGGCUCUGGGCGCUUGCUUGCGGGUGGCAGAGCUCCUGCAAGGAUUCAGUGAGGAGUGGAGCUCAGCAGCUGCAGAUCCACAAGGUGACCUGGACAGAGUCUCGGCAGCAACAUUGGAGCUGGAGCAGGCCUGGAAAAGCAGCCAACUCUGUAUGUCGCAGAUGCUGAGUCGCCUGGAAGCCGUACAGGAACAGGCCAGGGGUGUGGCGGAGAAUGGCGGUAGAGUGGGGGAAAUCAAGCUUCCUGGCAUUGAGCUCUCCUUGCCAGCUCUCCCCGGGUUGGAGUAUCCUGACCCUGGAGGCUCGGGUUUGCAUGUCCCAGUUCUGGGAGCUCAGUUGGACUGGGUGUCAGGAUGCAUGGUGCCUCUGGCAGGAACCAUGGAGGAUGCAGAUGGUAAAGGGCUAGUUCCCAUACGUUUUGGAGCGCAGACGGUGGACCCAGUGACGGGGCUGGCUCUGGUUGUGGGGGCCAGUCUGGAUGUUUGGAAGCGGACUGUGGUUCCUGUAACUGUGUCCCAGAUUCCGACGUUAGGAGAGAACCCAGACAGCGUCACAGUGGAAGCCCUCCAGAAGGAGAGCAAUGUACGGGGCAAUUACUGGCGUGAGCAGACACUGAAGGAAGAGGAGAUGGUGGGAGAUUUUGACAGAGCCGUUAAACACUAUCUCUCCACAUCCGUACACGAGCCUGACUUUAUAGACUGGAUGGACACAGACAGGUAGCUCAGGGAGAUCGCCACAGAGAUUCAGGAAUGCGCUCAGUGUGAGGCCCAGAGAAAAGCUCUCCAGAUCUCAGAUUUAUCGCUGCUCCUACCAGCCCAUGUGUUACAUGCUCUCACAGGAGGAGACGAGUAGGAGUGGGAGCAGCAGUGUUACUGGCACACCGAGCUUAAGGCCGUGCUAAACCGAGUGAGUGUGUCCAUGGAGAGACUGCGGAGGGACCAGGAUCGGCUGUCGGCACAGGAAACACACCAUCUGGAUGGGGAACUGAGGGUGCAGGAACUGUGGGAGCAAUUAAUGCAGAGACAAGCAGAGCUGGAUGCUGUGCUUUCGUCUCUCCUCUGUGCUCGUCAGGUCUGCCAGCUGCGUGCUGACACUGCACAGUCUUUGGUUUCUGGCACAUUCUGGUAUAAGGAUUUUGGUGUGCUGCAGCCCAAGGGUGUCAGAAACCCUCUGAAAGUAAUAGCCAUGACUCAGCAGAAAAUCCUUCCUCGACUUGAACGACUUAUUCAGCUGUUGGAGGAAACCAAAGCACUUGGCCAGUCGACCAGCACGCAGCGGCAGAAGAGCUCUGGGAAGCAGGCGUUCGGCCAAGACAGCACUUCCAGAGUGUGGACCGAAUCUGUGUCUGUUGUAAAAGGUGUCUCAACUCAUUCCUUUAAAGAUCAAAUGAAGGCUCCAUUUGCGAGUGAACAGAAUGCCACGGUGCCCUCUCUUCCUCUGUCAAACCCAUCUUACACAAAGAAAAGCCAGGAAAAAACGCAGCUGAUCCACAGCCAGGAUGUCCAAUCUCUCCAGGAACCUGGUCUGUCCGCACACAUCAGUAUCCCACAGCUAGCAGAGGAGGACUGGUCCAGACUAGUAGCGCUAUCUCCUCUCUUCCAGCUGAUGAAGGAAGUGGAGCAGCAGCUCAGGGAUAGUGCCAGAGACAGAGGCCUUCUCAAGAUCCAGCCCUCGGGCCGGUCAUUCGUGGAUUUCAUGGAUGCCCAGUGGGAGUGUGAGGGAGAGCUGAUUCAAGUGAGCUCUGAAACACUCGAUCCACGACAGCUUCUGCUCUACCAGCAUGGACAGUUUCUCCUCCAGCAUCUUUGCUUACAUAAAAUGAUACCAGCAGUAACCCUUCAACUGGCUUCUACUCUUCCAUUCAACGACUACCCUAACAAUGCUUUCCGCAACUCUUUCUAUUAUCAGGAGGGACAGAAGACCCUGUUUGUUCGCUGUCAGAGGUUGCAGUCAGUGGGUGGCCUCUCUCUGCUGCUUAUGCACUGUGCUGCACACAUUUCCACCAGUCAGAUGAGGCCAGGCUCCACUCCCACCUUCCAAAGGGCCUUUUUCAAGGUUUUACAGUUGGGCCUAAGUGAGCUGUUCCAUGCCAGACUGGGACAAACUGAUGAUGAGAGGACAAAAGAUUUGGCGUCUGACGGAGCUCUCAACGGUCUUCUGCUGGAAAGAGUGCAGAAACCAAGUCCUGGGGUUUUCUCCGAGGAUGAUGUUUUGGGAUGUCUGCGCAAAUACAGAGAGGCUUCAGUGUUCCGCCAGGUCGAGAGUCUCCUAAAAGUGUCUCCUAAGAGCCUGGAGAUCAAGCACCUCAACACUGACCCGUCACUCAGCGAUGGCCCAGACAGCCAAGAUGCCGCUCCUCCAUGAACUGACAAUUUAACUUUGAACAGUGCUGCCUUUCUGACAGUGAUAAAUCCAGCUUUCAAAGGCAUGUUAUGUGCUGUGAGGCAGCGGAUGGCCUUAUCGUCUUGGAUGGUAACAGUUCCUGGACUGGGUUAGAGCAUCUAGUUUUGCUUCCGGUGAUGACCCAGCACAGCUAGAUAUCUACUUUCUUGUACAAAAAAAAAAAAGGGCAUUAAGAAAACACAUUAUAAGGGUCAUAAAACUGCAUAGGUCCAACAAGCAGGCCUCUGUUUAAUGCAGUUUUAAUGUAAUUUUGGAGGAUAAGGGCAUGUUACAGAAUUUGACCAUGUUGGUAUCUACCUAAUCUGACUAGCUUCCACCAAAUGACAAAUUUGCACCAGAAUAGUUAUGCCGGUGAACGUCUUAACCUCAGUCAAUAAGUAAAAAACUGACAGAGCUUUCUAACGCUGCAUUAAUGGCGCAUAUUCUCUAAGAUUAUGAGAGACGAAUCUACUUCAACAUAUGCUGAUAACGGUAUAUAACGGUCUUAAAUUAUUCCCUGAAUAUUUCUCUUGUGGCCCGUAUAUAUUGAAAAACAUGAGAAGAAACGUACUAUUUUGCGUUAAACAUGCUGUUCUUGAAAAUCGGUGCAUGAAACAGCUGCUCUUAAUUUUCAAUGAUGACAGCAGUGUUAAUCAUUUUAAUUAUAGGCCUGUUAAGUCCUCUUAAUAUUGCCAAUAUUUGAUGCUUUUGACAAUAUCUCUGGCAAUAGUUGACACAUGAUACGCCGCAACUCAGCACAGGGAGGUUAUCGUGAAUUAAAUCUUAAAAAUGUCUAAAUAUUUAAUGCAUUAUUA